CGAUUUUCAGGGUACUUGGAGCAAGUUAUGUUGGUAUACUCCGUAUGUCACCGAUCUAUGCUAGCAUGUCCCAAAAUAGUGAGUGCUGCAGGAGGGUUUCGCGAGAAUUUUUUGAUAAAAUUAGCCCAAGUACAACAUGCUCGAUGCUUUGCUGUUCCGGGGGCUAAGCAAGCGUACAAGAGAACGAAGCCUCAUCUCAACGUUGGUACCAUUGGACACGUGGAUCAUGGCAAAACGACACUCUCUUCGGCUAUUACCAAAGUUCUGGCAACAAAAAAAGGCGCAAAAUUUAGAAAAUACGAUGAAAUCGACAAUGCACCGGAAGAAAAAGCUCGCGGCAUAACUAUUAAUGCAUUCCAUUUGGAAUACGAGACGGAGAAACGGCAUUACGCUCACAUCGAUUGUCCAGGUCAUGCAGAUUAUAUCAAAAAUAUGAUUACAGGUACAGCGCAGAUGGAAGGCGCCAUUUUGGUGGUGGCUGCCACUGAGGGGGCUAUGCCACAGACUCGGGAGCAUUUACUGCUAGCUCGACAAGUUGGUAUUCCUCUUAAAAAUAUUGUCGUAUAUCUAAAUAAAAUAGACGAAGUGCCGGACAAAGAAACACAUGAAUUAGUUGAAAUAGAGAUGCGUGAACUCUUAUCGGAACUUAGUUACCCAUCUGAAUCACCGGUUGUUUUUGGUUCAGCGCUUUGUGCUUUAGAAGGAAAGAAUCCAGAAAUAGGAGAAGAGUCUAUAUGGAAACUUUUAGAUGUUCUUGAUAAUUCAUUCGUUAUUCCAGAACGUCAUCUGAAUACAGAAGUUAUGUUCCCGGCCGAACACGUUUAUGCAAUCAAAGGCCGUGGUACUGUUAUAACCGGCAAACUGGAAAGGGGUUCAUUGAAAAAAGGCGACAAAGUGGAAAUAGUUGGUGCAGGAAAAGAACCUAUCAAAUCGGUAGUUUCUAGUUUGGAAACAUUCAGGAAAUCGGUCGACGUGGCGGAAGCCGGUGAUCAGCUUGGAAUUUUAUUAAGGGGUGUAGAAAGCAAAGCGGUACGACGUGGCAAUGUACUUCUGCCGCAGGGACAUAAACAUGUUCCUACUGAUAAAGUAGAAGCUCAGCUGUACAUACUAAAACCAGAAGAAGGAGGUGCGAAGACACCAAUUGCAAACUAUUUCACGGAGCAUCUGUUUUCAUUAACAUGGGAUUGUGGAGCAAUAGUCAAAGUCAAGGGCAAAGACUUCAUUAUGCCUGGAGAAGUCGGAGAAGUUGAGCUGCAUAUGAAUGCAGUGCAGUUUAUCGAACCGCAGCAAAGGUUUACAAUUCGUAAGGAUCCAGUUACAAUUGGGACUGGUGUUUUUACCAAACUUCACCCACCACGAACAGAAGCUGAAAAAGAUAAGAAAGCUAUGAAAGUGGCGAUGAAGGCCGAAAUGGAACGACUUGGCUUCAAUCCAUAUGGUGAGCAAAUGGAGAAAAGGUUAAAACCUGAUUAUUCGAACAGUCCCAAGCAAGCUGCCGCAAUGUCCAAACUUUUCGAAGAAAGUGCAGGGAAAUGAAGUUCAUGAACUUAAUACAGCUACAGUUCGCUUGCUUCAGAUAGGAAUUGAAAGUUAUCUUUCAGAUAAAAAAAUAAUUUGCGGGAAUUUGCUGUCCUUAACUUGACGAGAGUUCGUUUGCUUUACGUUUUGCAAUUUUUUUGGUAUUUUGCUUCGCUUUGCAAUUCAAAAGCUACAAACUUCUCCACUGUCGUAUCUUCAAUGAGAACAUCUAACUCAUCUAACUUUCUAACUUUUGGAUUUUGUUGAUUACCUUUCAUACUUUGUUUUCCAAUAUCCUUGUUGUGACAUCAGGUGAUGUUAUGUCAUAACUGAUGUCAUGUCAUUAUUGUUUGGACAUGCUGUAUUAUGAUGAAAUAAUUGAUUGACAAAUUUGUGGAGUUCAUAGUCUUUAUGAUAAUGAAAUUCAUAAUUAUUUGUUGCCGAUAAAAAUAUGAACAAGU